AAGGAACCCAAAUCCAGAAUAAAUAGACUUUCUGUUUUUUCACUUCUCUUCCAUCGGUUCUUCUUUGGCCAUCCUCUUCUUGACGACUCCAAUAUCCAUGCCGGAAAACCCCCAACAGUUUGCUUCUUUGAAUAUGUCUGAGCAACCCAACAACACAACCAUCGUCGCAUACCCAGUGCACCCCAAUCCUCCAUCUGUUCUACAACUUGCCGUGUUCCCUAUAACACUUAAGUUUGAAGAAGUGGUAUACAAAGUAAAACUGGAGGAGAAAGGCUUUUGGUGGGGUGGUACAUGGAAUACCAAAGAGAAGACUAUACUAAAUGGGAUAACAGGGAUGGUGUGCCCAGGAGAGAUCCUGGCGAUGCUAGGCCCGUCGGGCAGCGGCAAGACGACGCUGCUGACAGCUCUCGGAGGGCGGUUGAAUGGGAAGCUCUCCGGGAAGAUUACAUAUAAUGGGCAGCCCUUCUCCGGUGCCAUCAAACGGAGGACAGGAUUUGUGGCACAGGACGACGUACUCUACCCACAUCUGACUGUGACUGAGACCUUAGUAUUUACUGCACUACUAAGGCUGCCUGACACCCUGACUCGGGCUGAGAAGGUUCAGCAUGUCGAGCAUGUGAUCGCCGAGCUGGGGCUCGGCCGGUGCAGGAAUAGCAUGAUAGGAGGUCCACUCUUCAGAGGGAUAUCAGGAGGUGAGAAGAAAAGAGUCAGCAUAGGCCAAGAAAUGCUUAUCAGCCCAAGUCUUCUGCUGCUAGAUGAACCCACUUCAGGAUUGGACUCCACCACGGCUCAAAGGAUCCUGACCACCGUCAAGCGGCUCGCCGACGGGGGUCGCACCGUGGUUACCACCAUUCACCAGCCUUCAAGCCGACUGUACCACAUGUUUGACAAGGUGGUGUUGCUCUGUGAGGGCUACCCCAUCUACCAUGGCCCAGCAUCAGCUGCCUUGGAUUACUUCUCCUCUAUUGGCUUCUCUACGUCUGUUUCUGUCAACCCGGCCGAUCAUUUACUUGAUCUCGCCAAUGGGAUUGCCCCGGAUUCCAAGCAUGUCAAUGAACAAGGUGAUUUUCAGGCCAACAUGGAACAGGAGCAGAAAUCAGUGAAGGAGGCCCUCAUUUCUGCUUAUGACAAAAACAUUGCUACGAGGUUGAAAGCUGAGCUCUGCAGUACGGAUGUAAAUAGCUACAACUAUACAAGAGAUGCCUCUGCAAGGAAUUCCACAAAAUCAGAUCACUGGGGAACAAACUGGUGCCAGCAGUUUUUGAUUCUUCUGAAGAGAGGUCUGAAGGAACGGAGGUACGAGUCCUUCAACAGAUUACGAAUUUUCCAAGUCAUAAGUGUUGCUACCCUGGGCGGUCUCCUUUGGUGGCAUACCCCAGCAUCCCAUCUCCAAGACCGAAUAGCCUUGCUGUUUUUCUUCUCUGUGUUCUGGGGCUUCUUCCCACUGUACAAUGCUGUCUUCACGUUUCCUCAAGAAAGAUCAAUGCUCAUCAAAGAACGCUCUUCUGGAAUGUACCGUCUUUCCUCUUACUUCCUUGCCCGGACUGCCGGCGACCUGCCGAUGGAGCUCGCACUUCCUACUGCCUUUGUAAUCAUAAUCUACUGGAUGGGUGGACUCAAGCCUGACUUCACCGCCUUCGUUCUCUCCUGGCUUGUAGUUCUCUUCAGUGUUCUGGUCUCCCAGAGCCUUGGUCUUGCAUAUGGUGCCAUCCUCAUGGAUGUCAAACAGGCUGCCACCUUGGCUUCUGUGACCACCCUUGUCUUCCUGAUAGCCGGAGGCUACUACGUACAACAGAUUCCUCCCUUCAUUGUCUGGUUGAAGUACUUGAGCUACAGCUUCUACUGUUACAAGCUGCUUCUUGGGAUUCAGUACACUGAGAAUGACUACUACGAGUGUUCACAGGGAAUGUUUUGCCGGGUGGUAGAUUUUCCGGCUGUGAAGGUGGUGGGUCUGAAAAACUUGUGGGUGGAUGUAUCCAUCAUGGCCAUGAUGUUAGUUGGCUAUCGGCUUAUUGCGUAUAUGGCAUUACGCAGGGUGCAGGUGAGGUAAUCAACAGUCGAUUCAUUCAGCACCAGAGGACUAAUUUCGUCCAAGAACACCAACGGUUGAAGAGUUUUCUCUUUCUUCAGCUGAGGAAAAACGUUAGUUGAAAAGUUCGGUUAUGAGACAAAGGUCAUCAACCGCUUUGAUCCUUGUCACAGUUUCAUGUACUCAGACUUCAGUAAUAAUGAAAUAUACUAACUCCAAAUUUUAUUUCUCUA